GCUAUGAGCUGUCGCUCCCCCUGCGGCGGCGGCGGCAGCGGGCGGACCGGGCGCCGAUCCUGUGCCUGCCUUCCUCCUGACUCCUGCCUGUUUCCUGGCUCCUGCUGCCUGCCGCGCGGGCCAGGCUGUCCGUCCGGCGGCCUGGUGGCACUAGCGGGGCGGAGAGGAUGAGCACGGCGGGACCGGGCGGCAGCAGCAGCAGCACAAGCGGCGGCAGCAGCAUCAGCGCAAGCAGCAGCAUCAGCAGCCGCUGCCGCGGCGGCGGAGCCGCUCACUGAGCCAGGAGCACCGCGGCGGACGCAGGGCAUGGAGCCCCAGCCCGGCGCCUCCCGCCCGGCCGCCGAGGAGGAGGAGGACGGCGGCGGCGGGUCCGGCGGGCAGCCGGAGGCGCUGUCGCUGGAGGAGAUCCUCCGGCUCUACAACCAGCCCAUCAACGAGGAGCAGGCGUGGGCCGUGUGUUACCAGUGCUGCGCCUCGCUGCGCGCCCGCGCCCGCCGCGGAGAGACCCCCGCCGCCAGGCUCGGGGCGGCGGCCGCGCAGCUCCGCGUCUGGCGGGACGGCGCCGUCACCCUGGAGCAGGACGAGCCCGAUCGGCCGCCCCCGCCCGCCGCAGAUAAAUCAGGCCGUUUACACUGCACAGAAAUGGAGGUUAUUGAAUCACUAGGGAUUAUUAUAUAUAAAGCCCUGGACUAUGGUUUGAAGGAAAAUGAAGAGAGGGAAUUAAGUCCUCCACUGGAGCAGCUUAUUGACUACAUGACUAAUGCCACAGAAACAGAUGGGAGUAGAGAUGAAGGAUAUGAUGCUCUGGAUGAAGGAGUGGAGGAUGAGGAUGAUGACAAAGAAGAAGUUGAGGCCAUUCACUCCUAUAAAGAUGUCAUGAAGCUGUGUGCUGCCCACCUGCCAACGCGAUCGGAGGCGCCCAACCACUACCAAGCUGUGUGUCGGGCUCUGUUUGCUGAAACAAUGGAGCUCUACACUUUCCUGGCCAAAAUUAAAAGUGCAAAAGAGAACCUGAAGAAGAUCCAGGAAAUGGACAAAGAAGCAAGUGAUGAUUCCAGCACGGAUCUCGAUGAACUGAAAAAUGCUGACUGGGCCCGUUUUUGGGUGCAGGUGAUGAGAGAUUUACGGAAUGGGGUUAAACUGAAGAAAGUCCAGGAGCGUCAGUACAACCCACUGCCCAUAGAAUAUCAGCUCACACCCUAUGAGAUGCUGAUGGAUGACAUCAGAUCCAAACGCUACACCUUAAGGAAGGUCAUGGUCAACGGUGACAUCCCACCUCGAUUAAAAAAGAGUGCCCACGAAAUAAUCCUGGAUUUCAUCCGAUCGCGACCUCCACUAAAUCCUGCCUCAGCAAGGAAACUGAAACCAACCCCGCCGCGGCCCCGCAGCCUCCACGAGAGGAUCCUGGAGGAGAUCAAGGCAGAGAGGAAGUUACGUCCAGUCUCCCCUGACGAGAUAAGGCGGAGCAGGCUGGCAAUACGGCCACUUAGCAUGUCUUACAGUUUUGACUUGUCAGAAGUACCGACGCCAGAGGCUGGCAGAAAAGUAGCGGAUGCCUCUGUAGUGAACGGCAGCCCGGCACCCCAGGAAAAGCAGAACGGGGCCACACAGGUGACAGUGCAACGCAAGAGACUCCUGAAGGCUCCCACACUGGCUGAGCUUGACAGCUCAGAUUCAGAGGAGGAAUCAGUGCACCAGUCAGGAAGUAGCAGCAGCAUCUCCCCCUCACAAGUGGAAGACCCCUCUCAAGAAGGCACCAGCAGCAGAAAGAUGCCUCCAAAGUUCUUGCCCAUAUCAUCCACGCCGCAGCCCGAGAGACGGCAGCCGCCGCAGAGACGACACUCCAUUGAAAAGGAAACACCAACCAAUGUGAGACAGUUCCUACCCCCUUCAAAACAGAGCUCCAGGUCACUUGAGGAGUUCUGUUACCCCGUGGAAUGUCUGGCUCUGACAGUGGAGGAGGUCAUGCACAUCCGUCAGGUGCUUGUGAAGGCCGAGCUGGAGAAGUACCAGCAAUAUAAAGAUGUCUACACUGCUCUCAAGAAAGGAAAGCUCUGCUUUUGCUGUCGAACAAGAAGGUUUUCUUUCUUUACCUGGUCUUACACUUGUCAGUUCUGCAAGAGGCCUGUAUGCUCACAGUGUUGCAAAAAAAUGCGGCUGCCAUCGAAGCCAUACUCCACCCUCCCCAUCUUCUCCCUGGGACCCUCAACCUUGCAAAGGGGAGAAAGCUUCAUGAGGCCAGAGAAACCCUCUACCAGUCACCACCAUUCCCUGCGGAGCAGGUUGACCUCAAGGUCCAAGUCUGUGGAUAAGUCGCACGAAGAGUUUCCCAAAGAAUUAAUGGAGGACUGGAGCACAAUGGAGGUUUGUGUGGACUGCAAGAAGUUCAUCUCAGAAAUCAUCAACUCAAGCCGGCGCAGCCUGUCCCUGGCCAACAAGCGAGCCAGGUUAAAAAGGAAAACGCAAUCCUUCUACAUGUCCUCAGCAGGAACCUCGGAGUACUGCCCCUCGGAAAGGACGAUCAACGAGGUCUGAGCCUGUGCCUUCUGCUUUGCUUCAGCUCCACCAGGUCAUCAUCCAUCAGCCAGGUCACUGGGUCUGGAUCGUCACCCCGUUGCUUUGUUCCACCUGACUGGCUUGGGUUUGCCUUCAGUCACAGGGUUUCCUGCUCCAGCAGCUCCCAGAGACACAGAGCUGUGCUGGGAUCUGUGCAGGGCGAUACAUGACGGGGCAGCUGCUUGCACUGGGAGACAUCAACAGUUGGAAAUUGUUGCCUCUUUUGUACAUGUGCAUCAAAAUGAGAAAGCCUUUUCUCGCUUUCACUCUUUUUUUAACCAUGCUUUCAAUCAUUUUUCCGGAGAUGAGCUGAGAGCAGGUGUCUGGUGGAGAGACAGAUCUAGCACAGUGUCAGCGUUAGCACACUAGCAAACAGUAGGUCCUGUUGCAUUCCCACCCUCGGAAUGCUCACACCCAGCAGGCACCCAGCAUGAGCAGCUCCAGUCAGAUCCAUCUUCCUUUGACCCAUUUGGUUGCUCUGAGAUCAGGGCUCAGCACGGGACUCUGCAGUGUCAGUGUCCUGGGGCAAAGCAGGUGACAAAGCUCUUGGCCCGUGUGGUCGGUCGUACCCCUGAGCUGCUGUACUUCUUAAGCCUUAGUGUCCUUCUGAGUGACUCCUGAGCAGGUUUUAGUAGUUCACUUUCUAUCUUGAAUGUAUGAUAAUGACUACUAGUAGCAGUGAAUUUUAGUAGUAGACAAAGUUGUACAGUUUAUGGGGAGGAUGGGAAAUAAGGGAGGCUUCUAAUUUUAACUGAAUACCUGUAAAAUUGUUCUCGUGGUUACCCAGAGAAAGCAGUGAGUAAGGUGUAAAUUUGUAUUAUAAUGGAGCACACAGAUACUGCUAGAGUUCUGUCUGACAGCAUAUCCACUUGUAGCCCCAUUUUUUCUGGGGUUUAUAACUUGGCUGUAAAAAUUCGUGUUCAGCUGAAAUUUGGGACAGUGCUCUCUCAGAUUGGGAGCAAUCUCUUUUUUUUCUUUAAUCUUUUUUUCAUUCUUUCCCCCUUUUUAAUUCACUCACAAGGGAGUGCUAGACUAAUUGUUUAGAAGUUCCAACAAUUUUACAAUGUUAACUGACUUCUCAUGCUUUUUUGCACUUUUUUUUACAUUCAGAAUACUUUUUUUUUUUAAUUCAGUCAUAGCCAGAGUUUAGUCAAUAAUUUGGGGCCAGAUCUUUUUGGUAUUUAAAAACAAGCUAACAUAGCCAAGUUAUUAAUACUUGAAAUCAACUACUGUAACUUUUUUCAUAAAUUUUUUAAUACCCUGAGGCAUAUUUAAUAUCUAUAUAGCAGUGUAUUAUAGAAUGACAUAGCAGAAAAGUUUCAGAUCUAUUUAUUAACAUUUCUAUUCUUUGAGUUAAUGAGAGAUACCUCAGAACUGCUCCAAAGUAGCUGGGACUGGACUUCCAUAACAUAAUUUUAAAGGUGUAUUAAGCAAAACAGCUUCCUCUGUCCAAAAAGCCCAAGAGAGCGACUGCCCCUCUGGCCCUGGCAAGGCACAGUGCCCAGGCUGGGAGGCACCAGGGCUGCUUGGCUCCCAUUUGGCAGCCUUUGGAGCAGCCAUCCAUAUCGUCUCUUUUAGGCUGAUUUGAAAAGCACAUGUCAAAGUCUCUGUAAACCUUCCCAGGGAGUCAGCCAUCCUUAUUUUUUUCUUAAAAGCCCCCUUGGAAAAUGAGAAUUCUCACAUAUGUAGGGCUUAUUGAAAUAGUUUCUAUUUUUUUCUGAACCAAUGCAAACAGGAAAAGCAGGGCUCAGUGCUAACUCUCCCUCAUUACUGUCCCAUUUAAGGUCAGGUGUCACAGUCCUCUCCUCAUGGUACCUCUGGAAAAGUGUCUUGCAUGUUAAGGCACCUGGAGUACUGGCAUGGGAUAGGGAUGUAGGAUUGCAGGUGAGCAGCACAGGCUGGCUGGUGGGAAAGGUUCUGCUGUUGCUGGAAGUGUUGCCUGAUCUCAGUCACAUCAGCACUUUGUCUUGUUUCUGUGCCAAAACCAGGCUGUGUGUUUGCUGCACAGUGCACCAGGGGAACCAGACAGAAACAAAUGCAGGAAAUCUCACUUUGCAUCUGCCCUGUUGUUGUCAGGAUUUUUUCAUGGAGAUGCCCAGGCCAUGUUUCAGUUGCACAGUCCUCUGCUCACAGUCUGCUUCCCUGGUGUCCUCAGGCCACCGAGGUGCAGGGCAUCCAGCACAUUUAUUUUCCUCUUGGAGAGGUAUUUGGGAUGUUGUAGAGCAGGCAGGAUGAAGGACUAAGUAGCUCCUGAGCAUGUGAAGGCAAACAAGUCUUUCAUGCCUGUGCCCUGACCCACUCUGGCAGUGUCUGGGGGUGGCUCUGGGGCAGUGACAGAGCUUUGUGAUCCAGCCUGUGCCUGCCCUGAAGUCCCACAAGUCCCUGGCUCAGGGCAGGCUCUGCUGUGCUGAGCAGGGCACAAACACUGAAAAACAACGCAGUGGUUGUACAGAUGGCUCCCCGUUGCUGCCAUGGGCCAGGGCCUGGACAACCUCCCUUUUUCCCUGGGAAAACCCCUCCAAGCUGCUGACAUGUGCUGUGGCAGGCUCCAGAGGACACAGUGUGGAGGGCUGCCUCUCCCUUGGCUCCAUCCCUUCCUCCCUGGCACAGUUGCUCCGCAUUAUCCCAGCAUUUCAUUCCGUGAGCGGAGCAGCAGCGGCUUGGCUGGUCGCAGGAAGCCUGAAGGAGCUCAGCUCGCUGGUUGCCUGGCUCUGCAGAGGGGGCUAUUUUUAGCUUUCCAUCUCCUCCCUGCCUGCACCAGCAUCCCAAAUGCACUGCAGCCAUUGGCCCAGCAGCCCGUGGUGCUGCCCAGCAUGUCCUAGUUACGGGCUGAACUUCACGUCAGCGUCGGAGGGGGAAAUCAGAAGCUUGUAAAUAUCUGUAAUAUAUUUAUUAAUAUUUAGGAAGUCUCCAUCAAUCAUGCAAUGGGAAUGGAAUUUCCCAUGAUGUUUUAAAAAGGAAACGAGUCUUAUUUAUAUGUGUGUUGGCUGUUAUCUUUUAUUAGAGUAAACGCUUUCAGCCCCCUAAUACAGUUUGCACUUCUUAGAGCGAAUUACUGCUGAAAAGAACGUGGCACUAGCACAGAGAACUCUGUUCCACGAAUUUUAAAAUUACUUUCUUUGGGUUUUUUUAGCUUUAUUAGUAUGCCCAAGGUCUGUUAAAGUUUAUCAUAAGAGACCCAAGGAGCUAAAAAUGCCUCUGGCAGCAUCAGUCUUGUUUUGUAUGUGAACCUGGUUGUGGGGAAUGCAAAACCAGCUCUGCCUCACGGUGGUGAUGAAAGAUGUGAGCAGGCUUUUGCUGCAGCUCUCAGACCUGACUUUUCAAGUGUUCAUGGUGACAGUAGUGUUUUGAGGGGUUGUUGGGGUUUUUUUUUCCCUUUCUCCAUUACUUCCUUUAUACAGGGAGGGGUGUUACCUGGUAAAAAUAAAAUGUCUUUCCAUUAUAACCUUUGUCUGUGUUAAUUAUUCAUGGGGAAGCUGAUUUAAAGGUUCUGUCUCUCUCUUUUUCAUGCUUUUAUAGUUUUGUAAGAUCAGUCAGAUGUUUCUUUUGGUAAAGAAUUGUUAACAAAAAUGAUUGCAUAACAGCUGAACACUGGCUGGGCUUCAUGAAGGGAUGAAAACCUGUUGAAGUACCUUUAGAAUAGCAAUAAAAACUGCUUGUGUAACCCCA